UUUUUUAGAUUUUCUGUGUAAGUAUGCUUCAAACUUAAAUUCUUUUUCAAAACGACGUAAAAUAUGUUAUACAGAUUUCACGAAAAUAUUAAUCCGUAAACGUUAACAGAUAAUUAUACGUUUCGCCGUCAGAACUAGUUAUGUUUUCAGCUCUUUUCGACAUUUUUCUUGGAACAACAUUAAAUACUCACUACAGAUUGGAAAUUAGAUCUUAAAGUGUUUAACAUUGAAAAUUACGAUCAUUUCUUGUUAUUCAACUAUCGUAAAACAGAAAAAGUGAACAGUAAUCAACGGUAAUUGUUAGAAUACGUAAAAAGCAUACUGCACAUACAAUCAAACAGCAAGAAUCGCUUUUGACAGCUUCAACAUGGCUACUUCGCCAAUGGAUUCGGCACCGAAGAGGAAAAUGCGUGUAUUUUUUAGAAAUUUAAAAAGAUGUUGAUGCGAACACAGAAUUUCGAAAAAAUAUAAACGGGAGCACUACGUACAAGAAUGUAUGCGAAUCGUAUAUGUUAAAAAUUUCUUUGAUUUCGAAAAUAUAUUCGUCCCGGACGAUGUCCCGACUGCGGUAUUAUAUUUCAAAAUGGCGUAAACAUGUGUUCGCAGUGUCCGAGAGAGCUUUGACGUCCGUUCUGUCAAGCGCAUCGUUUUUUCAACUAUUUUAAACGAAUUCACUUCGACAUAUUUGUUCGCUAGCUUAACUGGCAUGGCAGUCUGUGGCGAAUACAUUCGCAGUCAGUUUCCAACGAUAGAUGAUGAUUUGUAUCAAUAUGUGGAAGGUAUCUUAGACAGCUCGAAAGAUGAUUUCGAAGAUGCCGAUGAAGUGUACGAAGCAAUCGGAGAAGUGUUGCACGAAGUCGCGGAGAAACCAGAGAAUGAGGUUAGAAUCUGGAAUCUUUUUAUAUAUAGGCAAAUAUGCGUCAAGUUAUUGGAAAUAUUGAAAGGUGGUUCGAAUGAUGAGAACGUUGAAAGGAGGAAAAAUGGGGUGAAUAAAGUAUUAAAUGCGCCUGUCCAUUUGGGUACUAUGGCUGCUACUUUAGAGGCUCAAGUAGAACAAAUUAAAAGUAUAUGGGUUACUACUAGAGACGAUGCUAUGAAAGUAGAUGCAAAAAAGUUGGAAAAAGCAGAAGCAAAAUUACAACAGAAGCAAGAGAAGCGAGUUAAUAAUGAAUCAACUGGACGUAUUAAUAAUGUAAAUCAAGGUAUAGAAUCGGCAAGUGCAAGUCAGAUGACAAGCAAAAAGGAUAGUCGUAUGGAAACUAAAGGCGGUGUAAAUAAAACUCAAGAUAUUAGGAUAGAGAAUUUCGAUGUAGCAUACGGAGACAGAAUUUUAUUACAAGGAGCAGAUUUAACCCUUGCAUUUGGUAGACGCUACGGUCUUAUUGGUAGAAAUGGUCUCGGUAAAACAACUUUGUUGAGAAUGAUAUCUAGCAAGCAGUUAAGAAUACCAUCUCACAUACGAGUGUUACAUGUAGAACAAGAAGUUGCUGGUGACGAUACAUCUGCUUUGAAUUCUGUACUACAAUGUGAUCAGGAGCGAAGUAUGUUGCUUAGCAGGGAAACAGAAUUGCAGGUAGCAAUCGAAAAAGAUGGUGGGAAAGCAGGAGACGCGUUAGGUGAAGAAUUAGCCAGAGUAUAUGAAGCGAUGCAACUGGCUGAAGUGGAUAAAGCUCCUGCUAAAGCCAGCGCCAUUUUAUCGGGUCUUGGGUUUUCGGUUGAAAGACAAUCGUGGCCAACUAAGGCUUUCUCAGGUGGUUGGAGGAUGAGAUUAGCUCUUGCAAGAGCAUUGUUUUCUAGGCCAGAUCUUUUGUUACUCGAUGAACCUACAAACAUGCUUGACAUCAAAGCAAUUCUUUGGUUGGAAAAAUAUUUGCAAUCGUGGCCAACUACAUUGCUGGUUGUUUCACACGAUCGAAACUUUUUGGAUACGGUACCCACCGAUAUACUAUAUUUACGCGGGCAGAAAAUAGAGGCUUAUCGAGGCAACUAUGAACAAUUCUCGAAAACCAAAGGAGAACGUGAAAGAAAUCAGCAAAGAGAAUACGAGGCUCAACAAGCCAAAAGAGCUCAUGUGCAAGAGUUUAUCGACCGAUUUCGAUACAAUGCUAAUCGUGCUUCUAGCGUACAGAGUAAAAUAAAGAUGUUGGAAAAGCUGCCGGAAUUGAAACCAAUGGAGAAAGAGGGAGAAGUGACACUUCGGUUCCCUGACGUUGAACCGUUAAGUCCUCCUAUAUUGCAACUUAACGAAGUAUCCUUCAGUUACACCGGAGGAAGUGAAAACGCAAUAUUUACCAGUGUAAAUCUUACCGCUAGUUUACAAUCCCGUAUUUGUAUCGUAGGAGAGAACGGUACAGGUAAAACGACACUUUUGAAAAUAAUCACAAGUUCUUUAAGUCCAACCAGAGGUACAGUGCAUGUCCAUCGAAAUUUAAAAUUUGGAUACUUCAGUCAACACCACGUUGAUCAGUUGGAUAUGCGAGUGUGCCCGGUAGAAUUAUUGCAAAAUCAUUUUCCAGGUAAACCUGUCGAGGAAUAUAGGAGAAUGCUCGGCAGCUUCGGAAUUAGUGGUAAUUUAGCUUUACAAACAAUCAAUUCUUUGUCCGGAGGACAAAAGUCGAGAGUCGCAUUUGCGUUAAUGUGUGCCGCUACGCCAAACUUCUUAGUUCUUGACGAACCCACGAACCAUCUCGAUAUUGAAUCGAUCGAAGCUUUAGGCAAAGCACUUAAUACUUGUCAAGCCGGUGUAAUACUAGUCUCGCACGACGAAAGAUUAAUUCGUAUGGUAUGCACUGAACUUUGGGUAUGCGGAGAAGGUUCUGUGCGAUGCAUUGAAGGAGGUUUCGAUGAAUACCGUAAGAUUAUCGAGAGAGAACUCGAGAUUUAAGUACCAUUUCAAUUUUACUGCUUCGUCAUUCUUGCAUUGUCUCGGGUCUAAGUUACCGAUGCGAAUAUGUUUACUGAUUUAAAUAAAUGCAAGGGGAGAAGAACGUUUGUAAAAAGAUAUUUCUUCUUUUCCCGGAACAAUGCAUAUUCUAAGUUGUUCGUUGAUGUAGAUAUUUAUCGACCGCCGUGAAAAUAUAUUGCCUAUUUUAAAGAAAACUGAGUGCAUUCAUUAAAGUAUAAUUCAUAAUAUAUAUUUCACUGUCAACAAUAAAAUACUAUUGCGAUAGACUGAGUUUGGAUUCACAACAAAUAGGAUUAGGAAAGUAUCACAUUGUUUCACUGCCAGAUACAAUAACUACAUCUAAACAAAUUAUGAUAUUUAAUAUUGUACAUUAGUAAAUAAUAAAAGGUCGUUGUUAUAAAUAAAAGUAUAUAAUAUUCUAUGUUUCUCUUAUAAAAACCGUUAAAAGUUUACAUUGAUAAAUAUACACGAUUAAUUAGUGUAUUAUUAUUGCAAGUUUUCAUUGCCAUCAGAAGUACCAUACAACUGUCUUAUGUAGUUUUUGUGUAAAUGUACAUAAUUUUCAACACCGUUACGAUGUCGUAAUUUAAUGCAGUCUUGUACCACAACAAUGAUUUAUGAAGAAAAACAAAAAGGAAAACAUCUCUCGUUCCAGCGAAACGAAAUUUUCAACAUAUAAAUUAUGAUUAAUACUUUUAAUACUUUAUUUCAGCUUUUUCUUUUUUCACCUAAUCUCUUCUAUUUAUAGUUAGCCUUUCAUUUCGUUGUAGUAAUGUUUCGAAUGUUAUUUAAACUAUCUUGUAACGUAAUAAAUAAAACAA